AAAGCCGCAGUUUAUAGUCCCUCUUGGGCGUAACAGUGGAGGGAUACGUCGACAUUUCGGUAUGAAAACCACAGCCCUUUGUUGCGCUGCUGAUUUGUUUCCUGUUGUGAGCCGUGGUUGUGUUUCUCUUCGGUGUUAUACAAAAACACUUCUGUGACGAUGCAGAUCUUUGUGAAGACCCUCACUGGCAAGACCAUCACCCUGGAGGUGGAGCCUAGUGACACCAUUGAAAAUGUCAAGGCCAAGAUCCAGGACAAAGAAGGCAUUCCCCCAGACCAGCAGAGGCUGAUCUUUGCUGGCAAGCAGCUGGAGGAUGGCCGCACACUCUCCGACUACAAUAUCCAGAAAGAAUCGACCCUUCACCUGGUCCUGCGUCUGAGGGGAGGCAUGCAGAUCUUUGUGAAGACCCUCACUGGCAAGACCAUCACCCUGGAGGUGGAGCCCAGUGACACGAUUGAGAAUGUCAAGGCCAAGAUCCAGGACAAAGAAGGCAUUCCCCCAGACCAGCAGAGGCUGAUCUUUGCUGGCAAGCAGCUGGAAGAUGGCCGCACACUCUCCGACUACAAUAUCCAGAAAGAAUCGACCCUUCACCUGGUCCUGCGUCUGAGGGGAGGCAUGCAGAUCUUUGUGAAGACCCUCACUGGCAAGACCAUCACCCUGGAGGUGGAGCCCAGUGACACGAUUGAGAAUGUCAAGGCCAAGAUCCAGGACAAAGAAGGCAUUCCCCCAGACCAGCAGAGGCUGAUCUUUGCUGGCAAGCAGCUGGAAGAUGGCCGCACACUCUCCGACUACAAUAUCCAGAAAGAAUCGACCCUUCACCUGGUCCUGCGUCUGAGGGGAGGCAUGCAGAUCUUUGUGAAGACCCUCACUGGCAAGACCAUCACCCUGGAGGUGGAGCCCAGUGACACGAUUGAGAAUGUCAAGGCCAAGAUCCAGGACAAAGAAGGCAUUCCCCCAGACCAGCAGAGGCUGAUCUUUGCUGGCAAGCAGCUGGAAGAUGGCCGCACACUCUCCGACUACAAUAUCCAGAAAGAAUCGACCCUUCACCUGGUCCUGCGUCUGAGGGGAGGCAUGCAGAUCUUUGUGAAGACCCUCACUGGCAAGACCAUCACCCUGGAGGUGGAGCCCAGUGACACGAUUGAGAAUGUCAAGGCCAAGAUCCAGGACAAAGAAGGCAUUCCCCCAGACCAGCAGAGGCUGAUCUUUGCUGGCAAGCAGCUGGAAGAUGGCCGCACACUCUCCGACUACAAUAUCCAGAAAGAAUCGACCCUUCACCUGGUCCUGCGUCUGAGGGGAGGCAUGCAGAUCUUUGUGAAGACCCUCACUGGCAAGACCAUCACCCUGGAGGUGGAGCCCAGUGACACGAUUGAGAAUGUCAAGGCCAAGAUCCAGGACAAAGAAGGCAUUCCCCCAGACCAGCAGAGGCUGAUCUUUGCUGGCAAGCAGCUGGAAGAUGGCCGCACACUCUCCGACUACAAUAUCCAGAAAGAAUCGACCCUUCACCUGGUCCUGCGUCUGAGGGGAGGCAUGCAGAUCUUUGUGAAGACCCUCACUGGCAAGACCAUCACCCUGGAGGUGGAGCCCAGUGACACGAUUGAGAAUGUCAAGGCCAAGAUCCAGGACAAAGAAGGCAUUCCCCCAGACCAGCAGAGGCUGAUCUUUGCUGGCAAGCAGCUGGAAGAUGGCCGCACACUCUCCGACUACAAUAUCCAGAAAGAAUCGACCCUUCACCUGGUCCUGCGUCUGAGGGGAGGCAUGCAGAUCUUUGUGAAGACCCUCACUGGCAAGACCAUCACCCUGGAGGUGGAGCCCAGUGACACGAUUGAGAAUGUCAAGGCCAAGAUCCAGGACAAAGAAGGCAUUCCCCCAGACCAGCAGAGGCUGAUCUUUGCUGGCAAGCAGCUGGAAGAUGGCCGCACACUCUCCGACUACAAUAUCCAGAAAGAAUCGACCCUUCACCUGGUCCUGCGUCUGAGGGGAGGCAUGCAGAUCUUUGUGAAGACCCUCACUGGCAAGACCAUCACCCUGGAGGUGGAGCCCAGUGACACGAUUGAGAAUGUCAAGGCCAAGAUCCAGGACAAAGAAGGCAUUCCCCCAGACCAGCAGAGGCUGAUCUUUGCUGGCAAGCAGCUGGAAGAUGGCCGCACACUCUCCGACUACAAUAUCCAGAAAGAAUCGACCCUUCACCUGGUCCUGCGUCUGAGGGGAGGCAUGCAGAUCUUUGUGAAGACCCUCACUGGCAAGACCAUCACCCUGGAGGUGGAGCCCAGUGACACCAUUGAGAAUGUCAAGGCCAAGAUCCAGGACAAAGAAGGCAUUCCCCCAGACCAGCAGAGGCUGAUCUUUGCUGGCAAGCAGCUGGAAGAUGGCCGCACACUCUCCGACUACAAUAUCCAGAAAGAAUCGACCCUUCACCUGGUCCUGCGUCUGAGGGGAGGCAUGCAGAUCUUUGUGAAGACCCUCACUGGCAAGACCAUCACCCUGGAGGUGGAGCCCAGUGACACGAUUGAGAAUGUCAAGGCCAAGAUCCAGGACAAAGAAGGCAUUCCCCCAGACCAGCAGAGGCUGAUCUUUGCUGGCAAGCAGCUGGAGGAUGGCCGCACACUCUCCGACUACAAUAUCCAGAAAGAAUCGACCCUUCACCUGGUCCUGCGUCUGAGGGGAGGCAUGCAGAUCUUUGUGAAGACCCUCACUGGCAAGACCAUCACCCUGGAGGUGGAGCCCAGUGACACCAUUGAGAAUGUCAAGGCCAAGAUCCAGGACAAAGAAGGCAUUCCCCCAGACCAGCAGAGGCUGAUCUUUGCUGGCAAGCAGCUGGAAGAUGGCCGCACACUCUCCGACUACAAUAUCCAGAAGGAGUCUACUCUCCACCUGGUCCUGCGUCUUCGUGGUGGCAACUAAUCAAGCUGAGCUCUGCUCUUGUAUUGUCCCCCAACCACCCCUACCCAUAAAUGUUUCAAAUUAAAUAAAGUUUAAGCAUUCCUGAA